CAAAAAAAAGAAAAAGCUUUGAUUGUCUAAAGAGAGUGCUUGCUCUCUGAUGAGUUCUGUUUCUGUGCAGGUGCUACGGCAAUCUUAGUCGACACCUGUUUUCUGAAUUUUUAGUGACAACUGUGUGUCUUCCUUUCAUCCGUUCAAUCUAUCUCAGCUCCUGGGAGCGUUGCCGCUUAUAUUGACGAUUUCGAAACAGGUCUCUAUAAUAUAUCUGAUUCAUUCUUGCUCUCAGUGUUGAGCAUUACUAGAAAGAGCUCCAGCCUACUUGUCGCAUCAGCUUCAUCGCAUCUGUUUUCAUCGGCAACGGAAAAAUCCCGCAAUGCUUCGUUCCACAGCCGUCAAGGCCACCAGCAGCGGUCUGCUGCGUGGCCCCGCCUGCUCGGCCUGCAGGCGGUCCAUCUCCCUUGCUUCCACUGCCAGAGCUACUGCCAACCAUAACUCGAAAUUCGGCUUGACCACGAGAAGACCUCUCGCCAUUAUUGACCGUUUGUCCAACGGCAGGAGACACUAUGCUGCUGCUACUGAUGCAGGAGUGGAUCCCAAUGACAACUUCCUUUCCGGAAACACUGCCAACUACGUCGACGAGAUGUACCUGGCUUGGAAGAAGGACCCCUCCAGCGUGCACAUUUCGUGGCAGACAUAUUUCAAGAACAUGGAAGAAGGCAACAUGCCUAUCGCCCAAGCUUUCCAGCCUCCUCCGACUCUUGUGCCUACCCCCACCGGCGGCGUUCCGCAGACCAUGCCUGGCGAGGGAUUGGGUCUCGCCGCUGGCACUGACCUGACAAAUCAUCUCAAGGUCCAGCUUUUGGUUCGCGCCUACCAGGCUCGUGGUCACCACAAGGCCAAGAUCGAUCCCCUUGGCAUCCGCGGCGAAGCUGAGGCGUUCGGCUACAACAAGCCCAAGGAGCUGGAACUUGACCACUAUGGAUUCACUGAGCGCGAUCUCGACCAGGAGUUCACUCUCGGCCCCGGUAUCCUGCCUCGCUUCGCCACUGAGAGCCGCAAGAAGAUGACUCUGCGUGAGAUCAUCGCCACCUGCGAGAGGAUCUACUGUGGCUCCUACGGUGUGGAGUACAUUCACAUUCCUGACCGCAAGCCCUGCGACUGGAUCCGUGACCGUUUCGAAAUUCCUGAGCCCUACAAGUACUCGGUUGACGACAAGCGCCGUAUCCUUGACCGUCUGAUCUGGAGUCACAGCUUCGAGGCCUUCCUGGCCACCAAGUUCCCCAAUGACAAGCGUUUCGGUCUGGAGGGUUGCGAGACCCUGGUGCCCGGUAUGAAGGCGCUGAUUGACCGCAGCGUCGACCACGGCAUCAAAGACAUUGUCAUUGGUAUGCCUCAUCGUGGUCGUCUCAAUGUGCUGUCCAACGUCGUUCGGAAGCCCAACGAAUCCAUCUUCAGUGAAUUCUCCGGAUCUGCCGAGCCUUCGGACGAAGGUUCGGGUGAUGUCAAGUACCACUUGGGUAUGAACUUCGAACGUCCCACUCCCUCUGGUAAGCGUGUGCAGCUUUCUCUGGUCGCCAACCCCUCCCAUCUCGAAGCCGAGGACCCCGUUGUCCUUGGAAAGACUCGCUCUAUUCAGCACUACAACAAUGACGAGAAGGACUUCAACAGUGCCAUGGGUGUUCUGCUGCACGGUGAUGCUGCCUUCGCCGGUCAGGGUGUCGUCUACGAGACCAUGGGCUUCCACUCUCUCCCCGCCUAUUCGACCGGUGGUACCAUCCACAUCAUCGUGAACAACCAGAUUGGUUUCACUACCGAUCCCCGUUACUCGCGUUCCACCCCUUACUGCUCGGAUAUCGCCAAGUCCAUCGACGCCCCCGUGUUCCACGUCAACGCUGAUGAUGUCGAGGCCGUGAACUACGUUUGCCAGGUUGCUGCCGACUGGCGUGCCGAGUUCAAGCGCGAUGUUGUCAUUGACAUCGUCUGCUACCGUAAGCAGGGUCACAACGAAACCGACCAGCCCUCUUUCACUCAGCCCUUGAUGUACAAGCGCAUCGCCGAGCAGAAGGCCCAGCUUGACAAGUAUGUCGAGAAGCUGAUUGCCGAGGGCACCUUCACCAAGGAGGACAUCGACGAGCACAAGAAGUGGGUCUGGGGCAUGCUCAACGACAGCUUCGACCGCAGCAAGGAUUACCAGCCCACCGGCAAGGAAUGGCUAACCUCCGCCUGGAACGGCUUCAAGACCCCUAAGGAGCUGGCCACCGAGGUUCUGCCUCAUCUGCCUACCGCUCGGCGCCCCGAGGGCUUCACCGUCCACCGCAACCUCAAGCGUAUCUUGGCCAACCGCAAGAAGGCCGUUGAUGAGGGCAAGAACAUUGACUUUGCCACUGCUGAGGCCCUUGCCUUUGGUUCUCUGGUCAAGGAGGGCUACCAUGUCCGUGUCUCCGGUCAGGACGUUGAGCGUGGUACUUUCUCCCAGCGUCACGCCGUUCUGCACGACCAGGAGAACGAGGCUACCUACACCCCUCUGAAGCACAUUGGCGAGGACCAGGGCAGCUUCGUCAUCUCCAACUCUUCCCUCAGCGAAUUCGGAGCUCUCGGUUUCGAAUACGGCUACUCUCUGACCUCCCCUAAUGCCCUGGUCAUGUGGGAGGCCCAGUUCGGUGACUUCGCCAAUAACGCUCAGUGCAUUAUCGACCAGUUCAUCGCUUCUGGAGAGUCCAAGUGGCUGCAGCGCUCCGGUCUCGUUGUCUCUCUGCCUCACGGUUAUGAUGGCCAGGGUCCUGAGCACUCUUCGGGUAGAAUGGAGCGUUGGCUGCAGCUUUGCAACGAGGAACCUCGCCAGUUCCCCACUCAGGACAAGUUGGACCGUCAGCACCAGGACUGCAAUAUGCAGAUUGCCUACAUGACCUCUCCUGCCAACCUUUUCCACAUCUUGCGUCGCCAAAUCCACCGCCAGUUCCGCAAGCCCCUCGUGAUCUUUUUCUCCAAGUCCCUCCUCCGUCAUCCUGUUGCUCGCUCCGAUAUUGAGGAAUUCACCGGUGACUCGCACUUCCGGUGGAUCAUCCCUGACCCGGCCCACGGUACCGCCAUUGACGAGCCCGAGAAGAUCGAGCGCGUGAUUCUGUGCAGUGGUCAGGUCUAUGCUACCUUGGUCAAGCACCGCGAGGCCAAUGGUAUCCGCAACACUGCCAUCACCCGUGUUGAGCAGCUGCACCCCUUCCCUUGGGCUCAGCUGAAGGAGAACCUGGACAGCUACCCUAACGCCAAGGACAUUGUCUGGGCUCAGGAAGAACCCCUGAACGCCGGUGCUUGGAGCUACACUCAGCCCCGUAUCGAGACCCUACUGAACGAGACUGAGCAUCACAACCGUCGCCACGUCCUCUACGCUGGUCGGGCCCCAAGCGCCUCCGUCGCCACUGGUCUCAAGUCCGUCCACGCCAAGGAGGAACAGGACUUCCUUCAGGAAGCGUUCACUGUCCACCAGGAUCGUCUGAAGGGCGAGUAAUCGGACGUUGUAGCCGCUGUUGGAUUAUCAUCUUAGGUGCUUUGAUUUGUAGGAGCUAGCGUCUAUCCAUUUCUGUCUCCUUUGUAUGAAUUCAUUCUGUUGUCAGCAUCUACUGCGGCUUCUAUCCUACAGUCAUGCUGUUCUGUUUUUUUUUUU